AAGGAGAGGUGUUUCGGUUUAGUCUAGCGUGAAAAAGUUAAUUGGUGAAAUAGAUUUUUGUCUGAUAAAAAUAGACUAAUUAACUUAUAUCGAAAUGAUUUUGGUAGAUAUUUAUGAUAUGGCUAGCUGGUGGACCUUGGUUAUAGCUUUUCAAGUAAUUCUUGGUUCAACAUACUUUCUUUGGAAGAAGAAAAAUAAUCGUAAAUCUUAUAAUUCGGCAUGUUAUGGUAAAACAUUUGAAUGGAAUCCUGUUCCAUUGAUUGAACACGACACGGUGGUAGAAGAACCACCCUUAAUGGGUAAAAUUGACGAAAAUGUUUUAAACGUUGGUGCUACAAGUUUCCUGUGUUUGGAUAAAGAAGAAUCCAUUGUGGAAAGUGCAUUGAAAUCUUUUGAAAAGUAUGGUGUAGGGUCUUGUGGACCCAGAGGGUUUUAUGGUACCAUAGAUGUUCAUUUAGAACUAGAAGAACGCCUGGCUAAGUUUAUGGAGGUCGAAGAGACUUGUGUAUAUUCAUAUGGAUUUUCAACAAUUGCCAGUGCAAUUCCUGCCUAUGCCAAAAAAGGGGACAUAGUUUUUGCAGAUGAAUGUGUGUGGUUCGCUAUCCAAAAAGGUCUCGAUGGAAGCCGUAGUACUAUCCGCUACUUUAAACACAACAACAUGGAACAUCUCGAGAAGCUGCUAUCAGAGGCUGCUAAAAAGAGGGAACUGAAUCCACGACGGAGAGCCUUCCUUAUUGCGGAAGCUAUUUAUUUUAACACUGGUGAGAUGUGCCCGUUGAAAAGGCUGGUGGAGUUAGCACGGCAAUAUAAGCUACGUAUCAUUUUAGAUGAAAGUUUGAGCAUUGGGGCGUUGGGUAAAAACGGACGUGGGUUGACGGAGCACUUGAAUGUUCCAAGAGAGGAAAUUGACCUUAUUGUUGGCUCUCUGGAACAUUCCUUUGCCACUAGCGGUGGAUUUUGCGCUGGCACUCACUUUAUUGUUGAACACCAAAGAUUAUCUGGUUUAGGUUAUUGCUUCAGUGCUUCAUUACCACCGAUGCUGACGCAAGCCGCCAUCUCUGCUCUCGAUAUUAUAGAAGAAAAACCGUCUAUAAUUACUGAGCUCAACGAAUGCUCUAGGAAAGUGAACCGAGCGCUGUCAAAUUUGAAACACUACAGAUUCCGCGGUGACGAACUGUCUCCUGUCAAACAUAUAUAUUUGAGUAAGGAUGAUCAGACUGAUCAUCUGAAGCACACUUACCUCAGGAACAUUGCCAACUACUGCUUAGAAAAAGGUGUGGCGUUCGCUGUGGCCACUUAUUUAAGAGAUGUAGAAGUUAAUUGUCCAGAACCUUCUAUAAGAUUAGCAUCAAGCAGGAAACUCAACGAUGAUAAUAUAAAGUUGAUAUGUGAUUUACUAGAUGAAGCUUACGAGCAAGUCGGUCCAAAGCCUGAACUUCUUCCAACGGGUCUGUAAUUUGAUUAUAAUAAACCUUAUUGCUAUGACAUAAGAAACAAGGUAUAGCUUUCAUAUUAUAUAGUACCUGCUUACAAUAUAUAUUGAGUAUGCACAUAAGUGGUGAUCAGAAAUAGACAAUAUUGACCUAAACU